AUGGCAGAAUUAGAGACCAAGGAGAAGCAGAAGAAGGAAGAAAGCGUAUCCUCGGAAGAGGAUUACAACGAAGAGGAAGAUGAGGAUUUCGACCCAACCAGAAUAGAUAAAGAUAAUGAUAUCGAGACGGAUUCUGAGGCUGAAACCGAGUCAACUGACAUUAACAGCAACAACGCUAAAGUAGCUGCAAAACCUGUGGAUUAUUCACGUAUAGAGAGUGAAUAUGGAGGGCUAGUUAAGACGAGGAGAGCACGUCAUGAAGAAGAAGAGGUUAACAAGAGACGUAAAUAUGAAAAUAUACAAAACACGCCUAUUUCUGAAACUGCUAAAAGUAUAUGGGAUGAAAUGCAACUGCAGAGUAAGAAACGUCUGUCGAAGCACCAAGGUAGUAAUGCAUCUAUAAUAUCGGCCGUUGUGGAAGAUGUUGGCAAUACCACGGCAGAUAGCACAACAAAUGAGGAACAUAUAACGAUAGAGAGGACUUAUACAUUUGCCGGAGAGGUAAUUCAUGAAAAGAAAACGGUUCCCAAGUUUAGUGCAGAAGGUCAGGAGUACUUAAAGAACGGUAAGUUUAAAACUCCGGAAUCUCAACCCAAGGAACCAUCAGUGAACAAUAGCAAGAUAGAUACCAUAACACAGGAACAGAGGUCGAAACUAAGAAGACCACUCAAGAGGGAGCCGAUACUAGAGAAAAUAAUCUCAGGUUCCAUCAAACCAAAACUAACAACAUUAGAGAAAUCGAAGCUGGACUGGGUCAACUAUGUCGACAAAGAAGGGAUCACCGACGAUCUUGCAAUACAUAACAGAGACGGUUACCUGGCUAAACAGGACUUUCUCGACCGUGUCGAAACACACAAAGACAAGAAAUACAAGGAGUUCAGAAAGACUCAGUUGGCCAUGCAACUUCAAACCCAGCAGAAGUAA